AUGGGCGAGGACUUCUACACGUCCGACUUCAGUGCGAACGACACGUCCACGACCAUCAUCUUCAACGUCUACCGGGGCGAGCCCGAGGCGUUGCAUAUUCAACUGGACGCGGCGCUCAACCAGGAGAACGUGGAGCCGCCCAACGUCUGGGUCACGUGCUUGAACUCGCCAAACCGACACCUGUACGAGGCCGUCUUCCACGGACGCUUCCUGCUCGCGUACAUGGCCACCACCAAGUACGUGCUGAUCGUGGACGACGAUAAGGCCAUCGACUCCACGACUGUGUUCGACUACAUUCAGUACAUGAACAUCAAGAAGGGUGUGUGGGGCAACAACGGCCACCUCCGUGCAGCGACGUUCGAGGGCUACAAGAGCUGGCCGACUGUGGGGUAUGACCUCUCGACCACGGACAUGGAGGAGCAGGACUACCUCUGCGGCAUGUGGUUCCUGGAGCAGUCGUGGCUCGAGUACUUCAUAAAGGAGCGGCCACCGUCCUGGGCGACGUCGGAAGACAUGCACCUCUCGCAUGUUAUGAGGAAGUACCUGAACCUCAACACGUACGGCGGCAAGCGCUGGACAUGCGCGAUCGACCACCAGCUCGGCCGCGGCAACAAGGUGGCGAACGUGGAGCAGCCUCUCGACUCGCUUGUAUACGCGGAGACGGUCGAAGACAUCGAGACGUUCAUCGCGAAGUUGGAUGCCUGUCCUCUCAUUAUUAGAAGCUUCAGUGACUCUCCGUGGUGCAAUGCCGGCGGAACGGCUGCGGUGUUCCGCGGUGCCAAGGAGCAGAACGUCAACGGUCUCAUCGCCGCGGCUGAAAGGCUCUGCGCCAAAACUCAGUGCGAGUACUUCAGCGUCAAGCCCUGGAUCAGCCACGGCAUCAAAUACUUCAACAUGCGGGAAGGCUACGGCCAAGCCAACACGGGCGUCGAGAUUCCGUUCCAGACGGGGGCGUCCGACGUAUUGACGUCGCUCGUGGGCAUUCUGAACAACGUGUUGCCCGAGACGUUGUUCGUCCCGGACGUGGCUUCGAUGCGGUGGCCCAAGGUGACAGAUGCUUCGAAGCGCAACCGUCUGCAGAUCUACCACCGCACGGUGCUGUUGGCGGUGGACAUCCACCGGAGCUCCAAGACGAACGGAAAAUGGGACCACCGGGACGACGAGACAGAGCAGUUCCCGAGCGGGAUGAAGACGCUCGUGCGGCGGAACGAGGAAGCUAUACGCUACGAAAGCUAUAGAUAG